GUUGUGUUGACAAGGACCUGCUCCGUCUGGGCUGUGGGGCCUUGCUGAGCAUCCUGUCAUGAGGAAAACAUCCAUCCCUGGCUGGACACCGGGCUCAGCCCGCCCGGGUGAGGCAGCGGGUAAUUACGGCUCCAAAUUCUGCCGACUGUGCCAGCAACAUCCAGAACAUGCAAAGCUGGCGGUGACGGAGUACAUAGGGCUCGAGGGGAAGCAGGAGCAGCUGUUAAAGCCACCUUCUUCCUGCCCGUUGGCAUACAGGUGCUUCAGAGGCAGCCAGGGGCAGGUUGGGCUCAUGCUCCAAGGGUUCCGAGGGGCACCUUGCGCCCAGCACUGCUUUGCAGUGUGACCCUGACUCUGGGUGGCCCCAAAAGCGGGCAGGAGCACUGCAUCUUGCUGAGAGCAGGGCAGGAACCAGGAUACCCACGUAUGGAGACAAUUGCCCAAUAUUGGGCAUCCCCACUGGGCCACUUUGUCACUUGGAUUAAAUGGGCCAUUAGGAGUCCCAGGUGCCACCCUCAGCCCUGCAGCUCCAGGAGCCGCUUCUUCUUUCCAUGCUGGUUUGUCCAUCCAUAGAUUGGGUUGAGCAGUGAUUAUUCGCCCACUGGAACACGUUUCUGGCUGUCUGAAGGGGUGGUCACCAUGGCACAGGGCAACCUGUCCCUAUCCCCAUGGGGCCGAUUCAAUCGACACAGCUUGUUAUCCGCGCUUGUAAAAUGGCUCUGGUGUGCUUUGGGAUUUCACUUCCUCUUGCACUGCCCCUUUCCGGCAUCCAGGUCUUGGCAGUGUCCUCUUACAGCUCCUACCCGGAUUGUCCUGGGGACAGGGGUCCAUCCCUUUCCAAGCGGCCGCUGCGGUGCUCGGGUGGGAUGGGUGUUGGAGGAAGGAAAAGGAGCUUUCCCACGCUCGGGAGGGCUUUGUCCCAGGUGAGCGCAAGGACAAUGCUGCUGUUGUGUGCUAGCUGAACUAAUCUGCCGUGGACAAUCAGCGCUCUCCAAGCAGGUGAAGGAGCUGAUUCCGAACAAUGGUCUGUGAGCAGCAGAGAGCGGUGGUGAGGGUGGCUCCCCAGCACAGCUGGGAAAGAUGAUCACCUAUUUAGGCAGCUCCUUCCAGCUUAUUUAAAGCAGGCUGCCUCUUUCCCCUUUUGAUGCUCCCAAUGCUGGGUGGCUGCUGUGCCUUUCUGCUCCUCUGGGCCCCGGGUCUGGUUGCAACACCCCAGGUGUUGCCUGGCAUCUGCUCUCCCUCCCACUCCGAAACUGCGGGUGACAGCUGUGACUGCUGGCUGGUUUCUCUGCCUCCCUUCCCCAUCACGCAUGGAUCCUGAGCCUCGAACCCAGCCUGGACCACCCUUCCCUGGUGAUUGUCUUCUGCUGGCAUGGAUUUGGUGCCCUUCCCUCUGCAGCAGGGAGUGGAGCUGGAGACCACGGCAUCGCCCAGUAGUGUCCCUCCCACCACCCAUGCCUCCACAGCCAGCAGCAUCUUUGGUGUCCGACCUCCGCAGCCUCGAGAAAGCGUCCUUGGCAUUAGCUUCAAGCCCUACAGCCCAGACUCCAGCCCAGCCCCGGCUCCCUGCACGACCUGUGAGAGUACACGAUCCUCCAUGUUCAGAGCUCCCUGCAUGAGCCAACGACGGCUUGCACUCAUCUUCUGCGUCUCCGUCCUCAUCGUGCUGCUCAUCGCCCUCAUCCUGCUGUUUAUGUUCUGGCGGUCACAGACCGGCAUCGUCUACAAGGAGCCCGCCGAGAGCUGCAAGGACAGCCCUGUGCGCUGCGACGGAGUCGUCGACUGCUCCCAGAGGAGCGACGAGCUGGGCUGCGUGCGCUUCGUGUCUGAUGAGUCCUUGCUCCACGUCUACUCCAGCGCUGAGAGCCAGUGGCUGCCGGUGUGCAGCAGCUCCUGGGAUGACUCCUUCUCCAGAAAGACCUGUCGGCAGCUGGGAUUCCAGAAUGUGUCACAGACAGAAUAUAUUCCUCUGCACGUCCCCGGCAAAAGCCUCACGGUGACUGACGAGAGAGAGACCAUCCAGCAGAGCCUCAACAGCUCCCAGUGUCUCACGGGAAAGUUUGUCUCCCUCCGAUGCACAACCUGCGGGCAGAGAAUUUCUGGCCGGAUCAUUGGUGGACAGGAAACCUCCGUGAGCAAAUGGCCCUGGCAAGUCAGUGUGCAGUACGGGCCGAUCCACAUCUGUGGUGGCACCAUCAUCGAUGCGCAGUGGGUCCUCACUGCAGCCCACUGCUUCUUCAUGAACAGCAUGAAGAUCCUUGAUGACUGGAAGGUGUACGGUGGGGUCUCGGACCUGAAGCAGCAUGCAGAGGGCAUCCCUGUCUCCCAGGUCAUCAUCAACUCCAACUACAGUGAUGAUCACGACGACUACGACAUCGCUCUCAUGAAGCUCUCCAGGCCGUUGACGAUCUCAGCUCAGGUUCGCCCAGCCUGCCUCCCCAUGUACGGCCAGCGAUUCCAGACUGGCAGGUCCUGCUUCAUCACCGGCUUUGGGAAGACCAGGGAGAACGAAGAUAACACGUCCCCGAAGUUGCGGGAGGCUGAGGUGAAGCUAAUUGACUACAAGAUCUGCAACAGCGACAAGGUGUACGAGGGCUACCUCACCCCACGGAUGAUGUGUGCUGGGUACCUGCAGGGAGGGAAGGAUGCGUGCCAGGGUGACAGCGGAGGGCCCCUGGUCUGCGAGGACAACGGCCGCUGGUAUGUGGCCGGGGUGACAAGUUGGGGGACAGGAUGUGGCCAGAAGAACAAGCCCGGUGUUUACACACGAGUGACAAAGCUCCUCAGCUGGAUCUACAGCAAAAUGGAGAGUGAGAACGACUAAGACCGGGAUGAACACUCGCCUGGGCUGUGCCUCUCCGGCCGGCGCGGGCUCCUGCCCUUGGUUGCCACCAGGGCACGAUGCAGGUCCACUCAGCCAGGGACCUGUCGCUGCCCCCAGAUCCUGAAAAUACAGUGACUGCAAAGUGACUCUGCCCUCGCCUGGUGCAAGGGAAGGUGGCCUGGCAGGGGUUGGGCAAAGCACCCAGCCGGGCAGCGCGCAGGGAGCAGCAGCCCGUGCCAGCGGCCAACUGGGAAGCAUCUCUUCACCCUGUGUCUGUUGUUCUUCUCCUGUAAAUAGACGUGUCUGGACGGGGUGUCGUGAGUGCUUCCUGGCAGGACUGGCGGGCGAGGGGCUGCUGGCACUGCCUGUGAGCGCGGUGGGGGCUGCGGAUGGAAGCGAGGAGCAGGAAAGACAUGGGGUGGCCAUGGUGAGGCACUGCUCCCCUUGGCAUGCUGGUGCCAGGCUGCAGCAGUGCCGUCUUGGGGUGGGUUUAGAGCUCUGUGCCACCUGCAAGGACACGUUUCCCAAUUUCCCCAGGCAGGGCUGAGCAAAGGGGAGCCCCGAGGCGCAGUUCCACCAGGCUCUCAAAGAGCUGUAGUUGCUCUCAUGUCUGCAGAUAGGUUUUGGAAGUGCCUUUUGAUUGACGUUCCUCCCCAUGAGAGAAAUACUCAGUUGUGUAUUGUUCCAUGGCGUGGAUGUGGGCAGAGCAAGCCCUCGCUCCCAGGACUGUGUGCAGCCGGUCUCGGUUCCCCCACCUGCUCCGAUGGGGAUUUUGGCAUGGCAUGGGGCAGGUCUGCACUCUGGGGUGGCUGUUGGGGGUGUGACGGGAGCCAGCAGCACCCAAAGGCCAAGGAUGAGCUUGAUGGAGAACAGCCACCCCUUCCCGGCAGUGCCCAGCCCCUCACCAGCAUGAGCCAGGCAUCAGAUCUUGGCUGUUUGUUCAGUGACCGUGUUGGUUCGCUUCCUCCUCCCUCUGGCUGCUGAGCAAGCAGGGAUGGCACAGCCAGCGUCACCUCCCUGGCCACACCAAAGCGGGGAUGCAUUUUCCCCCAAGCAAACGAGUGCCUGCAUCUCCCUGUGGAUGCUUUGAGGCACGUGAGGUGCUACAAGAGGUGCGAGUGCCCGCUGGGGGAGCAGAGGCUGGCUGUCCCUUGCCAAGGCUGCAGCCUUCUCUCCGGCUGUGAGGGGUCCUGGGGAGCCUGGCCACUCUGUACUCUUCUCAAUAAACAUUUCGUUAGUGCUCUGCAUGGAGAUGGCUCUUUUGGACCACCUGGGAAGGAAGCUGGAGAGCCCCAGGGAGUGGUGGGGGAGCUCUGUCCACCUCUGGGCUUUGGUUUAGGUGCUGGGCAUGGCCCUGGCUGGAGCCCACGCUGUGGUGCUCUAGGGCUGCCCCAUUCCACAUCGCUUUUUGGACCCAUGGGGCUGGUGUGCAGUGAGCGAGCUGGGGGGCUGCAUCCAUGAGCACAACAGCUCCCGACCUGCACUGCGGUUGCUAUAAAUCACGUGGAUGCAUGGGGUGGAGUAGCUCUUCAGAAAAAGCCUUUCCAGUCCUUCACCUACUGGGUUCUCGCUUAUGACUGCGAGAAAGGAGGGAUUUCAGGUCUUAUGGGGGUUUGGCAGGAGAUGCUCAGGUCUGGAGGUAAUGUAGGGAUGGAGCUCACUGAGGGUAAAACCUCCUGCUGGGAUGCUUGGGACAGAGGGGAGCAGUAUCAAAAUUCAGCUUGUGAACGCUGUGGACAAGAACUACUUCCCUGAGAAAGCUGCGCAGCCUGUGCAACGGCCCCACACGGCAGCAACGGGCAUUUAGCCUUGGAUUUUGGUAGGAGAAAAGGAGGG